AUGGCCGAUCCCGGGCUCUGGGGCGGUUAUAAAGAGAACGGUCGCCUAUUCCACUCCUUUUCCAAGGGAAAAUACUUCCUGCCAUGCGACGAGGAUGAGCAGGACCGUUUAGAUAUUUAUCACAAGUUUUUUAAUGUGGCUAGGCACGAUGUACUGCAUUCGACCCCUUUCACGGCUCCUUUUGCUGGAGCAACUUCACAUUCAAAGUUCGGUGCCAAAGGUCCGCUGAUAUUGGACUUGGGGACAGGAACAGGAAUUUGGGCAAUAGAUGUGGCUGACAAGUAUGUAAUGAUGCAGGCAAAAGUUUAUGGAGUCGAUCUUGCCUGGACACAACCUCAAAUUAUCCCAGCAAAUGUAUCGUUUUUGCAAGGCGAUAUCGAUUCACCUUGGCGUGGACUAGGAGAGGAUUCAUGGGAUCUCAUACACAUGCGGAUGCUCAAUGGUGGUAUAAUGGAUUGGAAAGAGGUGUAUCAAAAAGUUUUCAGGCACCUUAAGCCCGGUCAUGGCUGGCUUGAGCAUACCGAGAUUGAUAUAUUCCCGCGCUGCGAUGACGGUAGCCUUCCAGCGAACUCAGCAUUGAUGCAGUGGACCAAGCUAGUUCUGGAAGCUACUGAAGAAGCAGGUCGUCCACUGCGAUACAAUACCAGUACAGGGUCAAUGCUGGCGCAUGCUGGUUUAGUUGAUAUCCGGGAACAGGUUAUUCAAGUCCCGCUGAACCCAUGGCCAACGGACCCUCACUUAAAAGAGAUCGGUAGGUGGUACAAUCUGGGGUUCUCUCAGGGAAUUCAGGCUUCAGCCUUGGCUCCUCUCACUCGUGUCAAGGGAUGGAGUGUUGGUAGGGUGAACAAUCUCUGCAACGAAGUCAGGAAGGAAAUAUGUUCCAAGAAGUAUCAUGUCUACCACAACAUACACAUUUGGAAUGCCAGACGCCCGACCCUCUGA